AUGAUUUCCAAGAUUAUAGGAGUGGACAUUAGAAUACAAGAUGCUAAUGAAGGAGUUGAAGCCAUAAGAAUGAGACUCAAACAAAAGAAAAUUCUUUUGAUUCUUGAUAAUGUUGACAAACAUGAGCAUUUGGAAAAAUUGGUAGGUGAUUUUAAUUGGUUUAGUGGUGGGAGUAGGACCAUUAUAAUGACAUGGAAUAAGCAAUUGCUUGAAAGACAUGGGAUUAAGCAUAUAUAUGACAUAAAGGCUCUUGAUGAUGAAGAAUCUCUUGAAUUGUUAAAUUGGAAUGCUUUUAGAAGCAACCAAGUAAAUCCAAGUAACAUCAUGGUGUUGAAUCCCGCAGUAAAUUAUGCAAAAGGCCUUCCUUUGGCUCUUGAAGUAAUAGGCUCUAACAUGUAUGGAAGGAAUAUAAAUGAGUGUGAAUCUGCUUUAGAUGCAUUUAAAUUAAUUCCAAGUAAAGACAUUCAACAAGUAUUGAAAGUUAGCUAUGAUGAUGACCUAGGACACUUUGAGAAAGAAAUAUUUCUUGUUAUUGCUUGUUUCUUCAAAGGGGAAUCUUUAGGGCACAUUAAAUAUAUGGUGGAAGCAAUUUAUGGCUUUAAUAAUCCAAGUUAUUUUAUUGGUGUGUUGGAGGAUAAAUGCCUCAUAAAUAUUGAAGAUUCAUGCAUUGAAAUGCAAGGUUUGAUACAAGAUAUGGGGAGAGAAAUAGUUCAUCAAGAAUCACCUAACGAGCCAGGAAAACAUAGUAGAUUAUGGUUCCAUGAAGAUAUUGUUCAUGUUUUGGAAGACCAUACACUAAUGAACUCAAAGACGAUUUUGCCACGGCACCUAGUCUACUGUGCCGCUAAACUCCGUCAUGCAUCUAGUCAUCUAUUUGCGUUGCUAAAGUAG